AGCACACAGCAACACAGAGGGAAAACUGCCAAACCCAUGGAACUGAUGAGAGACUUUUCUGCCAAACUCUCCUCUCACCACCAGGCGAAGGUAAGGGGCUCGGCCGGGGGUUCGCAGUGGGACCCCCGGUACGCCCUGAAGAGGUACCUCCUCCUCAAGUACCUGCAGGUGCUGGUUCUGCCCUCUGGGAACGGCCUGGUGUCCACCCUGGGCCUGCUGGGCAGCCUGUACGCCGGCCUGCUGCUGCGCUCCCCCUGUGUCUCCCGCAAGGCCUCCACCGUGCUGCUGUCCCAGCUGGCCUGGGCCGACGGGCUGGUGCUGCUGCACCGGGGGCUGGGGGUGCUGCAGGGGCAGGCCGGGGGCCCCCUGGAGGGGCUCCGCCGGGGGCUCCUGACGGCCAACGAGCACGCCAGCGUCCUGCUGCUCAGCUGCCUCAGCCUGGAGGCCUUCCUGGUGAUCCUGCGGCCGGUGGAGUCCCGGGCCCUGCGGACGGCGCACAGCGCCCAGCUGGCCUGCACGGCGAUCUGGGCGGCCGUGCUGGGAGAGCUGGCCACGCUGCAGGCCGCGGGCUCCGGUUUCCACGGAGACGAGGGCAGCGUACUGUCCCUGGUGCUCCAGAUCUGCCUGCAGGUGGCGCCCCUCCUCCACCUCCUGUCCCGCGGUCUGGGGGGGUUCCUGUGGCUCAGCAAUGCCUACAUCUAUUACGCACUGUACAAUCACAGCCACCUGCGCAGGAAGGGCAACUUCCACUAGCGCAGACACUAUGUGUUUGGAGGUCACUCGGCAUCGUCACACCUGAACACAGUCCAGAGGUACGACCCCAUCACAGACAACUGGUUGGACUCCAGUGGCAUGAAGUACUGUCGCCGUAACUUUGGUCUGACUGCCCUUUGACAAUUAAUAUGACCGGAUGACGAAACUGGACUAACAGAAGGUAGAAACUGGUUGUUUGCUCCAGGAAAAGACACUUUUUGCUUGGGUGCUCUUUUAUUGCGAUGCCUCAUUAUCUUCCCGUGUGUGUGUGUGUGUGUGUGUGUGUGUGUGUGUCUUUUUUCCCCCCAAAGUGCAGUAAACCUUGGGUUUUACAGACUUCGGAUUUAAAAGACAGAAUCUGCCCAAGGGGAAACGGUGGCUUGCAAAAUCAGAAAUACCGGAUUCCCCCCCCCGCCGUAACGAUGAGAGUCGUGAAGUAAAAGUAAAAAACUUAGGUUUGAAAUUCAGGUGCCCUGUAGCGCUAGGCCAAAUACUUGCGAUGGGUUUUGUAAGGUUCAGCAAAAUUCUAUUACUGAUAUUUAUUACACAGGGAAUAAACAGCUUGAAUAUUAAUGAUAAAGGGCAGAAGGACAUUCUUGACUGUAUUGAUUGCAACUGUUUCGAAAAUAAGUCAAAACAUCCAGCAAGCGUAUUUGAAUUCUCAUAUUAUUACGAUAAUUGCGCGUAUUAAAAAAGCCAUUUGUGAUUUAACAGACAUUCGGCAAUAACGCAAUCCCUUUUCCUCUGUACGUCCAUUAAACCCAGGGUUUACUGUAUUUCCGUUCCUUUUCGAUGUAUUUGUGUUAUUCUAUCGGACUGCAUGUAAAACUUUAGUUCAGGGCUCAGCUGGGAACCAUUACUCAGCAGUCUGAGGAUGCGGAACACAGGUGUUAUUGUGGAAAUGUAUUCAGGCUGCUUCCACAUCCCUGCGAGCAAUCAAGCCUGCUCACAUUUGAGUUGUCAAACGCAAGGGCUCAGGACUACGACUCUUUCAGGAAGAGCUUAUUUCUCCCACUUUUCACUGAAACAUCUGCGUGAGCGGGACAGGAGGAGGAGUGUCCGGGGCUGUCGUACCAGAUAUGUCCAGGACAACAGCCCGUCAGCACUCUGUAGGCGGCAGCCCUGGACAGCUUUCCCCCGGUCAGAUCACCGCACAGACCGCUGCUCGCCAGCGGACGGGCCAGAUCUCCAGGAUCGCUUCCCAGGCACUGGCGAUUUGUGGAGAGGAACAGAAAAAACCGGGGAGGAAAUACGAGUUCUCUAAUUCGGCAACGUGCUGGUUCACGUUGACCUGUAGCUGAGUAAUGCCAGACGCCUUGCCCAACAGGACAGACGAAAGGAAAAGCUUUCGUGACGAAACGCUGCAGUUCUCCGCGGACCCGUGAUUCACUCCCAUCGCGACCGUGUUAAGGGGUGCCUUGGCACGCGCUCUCCGUGACGUCACAAGCCCUAGCGUGAGCGCCAGGAGGAGGAGAACGUGCCCAGACUCGAAGGCACAGGCGCGGUACCUUCGCGAAUUGUGAAGCGCACUGGGAUCAUAUGGGUUGACUCAAUCCAGAAAUGUGCAGUCACACACAGGGCUCCGGAUUGUGCACUGAAAAGGUUAUGGAUCCAGG